UGCCCUUCGUCAAAUGCCUACGAUUGCAAAUGCAUCGCCAUUGGAUCCCGAUCACAGUCGGCGAGAACUUACCUAGAACGUCAUCUCGAAGAAAUUGCCGGUUCUUCUUUAAAUGAUCUAAUUUGUCAUGGAUUGAAAGCACUCAGUGGGACGCUUCCCAAUGAGGUGGAGAUUACUACUAAAAAUUGUUCCGUGGCUAUCGUUGGUAAAGAUCGUGAUUUCACCAUUUACGAAGAUGAUGCAGUUGAAGAUUUUCUGAAGAUGUUCGAAGCCACUCAGAAGGAGGAUCAACCAGCAGCCUCAGAGUCCACUGCAGUCCCUACACCGAUGGAGCAAGAUCAGCCGGCCUCAUAG